UGAACCAAGACAUUUUAUGUAAAUUAUGAUCUACCAGUAGACUUGCCGCGUUGCCGCGGAGUUUAAAUCUUUUUUUUGGAACUCCUCUGAUUACUAGUAUUGUCGCGACUUCUACCUCCCCACUUGCAGAUUAGUUGUGAGUUACCAUAAACAAUUUUAAGUUGGCACCUGAUUUUUCCCCACCUUUAUGAAUCUUAUUUCUUUUAUCUUUAAUUUGCAUGGCUUGAGUUUUGGGUCCAUCUGAUUUGAGCAAAAUAGGCCAAGGUGGUUCUCGAAAAAUAGCGCGGGCAGGGAUUAGCUCUGAUAUCUACUACGAGCUUCAUGCUUUAGACCCAGGUUGCAAUUGCAAGUUGGCUGAGAUGAUCUAAGUUUCUAAGUUGGAUAACAACAACGGAUCUCUAAACUCAGUUGUUAUACUGUCUCUGUUGUCUUCCAAUCUGAUCAAGCUGUGACCGCGCGUGAUGCUCUCCCUUCCGCUCAUCACACCCCGCGAUUCUCAUGAACUCUGGUUCGGAGUCUCCCAGCCCUACCGUUCCUCAUCCCAACACCAUCAAACACAUGGAGAAACGCAAGGAAACCCCCGCCGCAGUGGUAACAAUAUUACGAACGGACGUGCCUUGAACGCCUCUGCCGCCUCCGGAAAUACUUUAUCCUCAUUGCUCCUCGAAGAACGUGCGCUCCGUGCCCGCAAAAACAACAUCGCCUCAUUUGGUUACUCGUGGAUCAAACCUGCAGGAUGCGCUAAGACCAUGCUCGGGAUGAAAGAGGAAGAGGCGGAGAGGGAGGAAGCGCUAGCUGCUGCUGCUGCUGAGAUGGCCGCGGCCGCGGCCGCGGCCGAAGCCGGGACUGAUGGGGUGGACGAGUUCGGUGCACAGACUAGCGAUGGGCAAGAUAACACAGGCAUGGAAAGGGAUUUGGACGAUGAUAUUCCCGACGCAGAUGCAGAGGGCCUAGUGGAGGAAGGGGAGGAAGGUUUGGAAGAGGAUGGCGAUGUUGAUGAGGAGGGAUACAUGGAACGGGACCUGGAUGAUGAUAUUCCUGAAGCGUUCCCCGAUGGUGAUGACGAGGCAUUCGGGGAAGAAACCGAUAAUGAUUUUGAUGAUCAGCCAAAUCUGGAUGAUGACAUUCCCAGUGCUGAUGACAUGGACGAUGAAAUAGAGGACAUGAGUGAGCAAGUCAUGGGCCAUGAUCUGGACGAUGAUAUUCCUGAGGCUGCAGAGCACCAAUCCGUACAAGAAGAUGAAUGGCAACAUACCGAUACAGAUGCUGAAUAUGACGAAGAGGAUGAAGCCAGUUUUUCCCAUGAUCCAUUUACACAAAAUCUCCGAGCUAGUACAACUAGCAGUCGUGGUCUGCCGCCAGCACCGGUUCGGACUCGAGAGACAGAGGCCCAACGUCGGUUCCUCCAGCGUUGGAGUGGUGGCGGAGAUGCCUUCGAUACGAGCAGCAUGAUGAUUGAUGAAGAUGAUCUACGUGCAUCUGUAACUAGUCAGGGGAGUCGACGAAGCUUUUUCAACAGGUUCCCUAGACGGCGAGCUGGAGGGCCUAGGGAUAGUUUCGACUAAACCAAAUUAUUUGGAUUAUCUUUCAGGGUUGUAUGGCGCACUGUCUGCAUGUAUGGGUCCCAGGGUGGAGGUUUGGUAAU